CUCCUUCUGCCAAACUCGUGUCUGCCUAGAAUUUUGGAGGGUGCAUCAUUUUUUUCCGUAAUUGAGAGUGUCUCCCCCUGUGACAGAUCACCCUCUAGCCUACGCACAGCUAUAUUGGCGCAAUCGAGCUCUCCGACUUAUUGGACAUUUUUAUAUGCAAAUUAUUGUUUAUCUUCGUUAAACACCCACCGAAUCAAUAUCUUCAGAGACUAGGCUGUCUCAAGGCUGAGUUGUACUUGAUCAUCAAUCAUGGACAUCAAACAACAGCUCUUGCGGUCGGAGAACAAACCGGUCUCUUGUAUAGAGAUGCAUACUUGCGGUGAACCUACUCGAAUCGUCACUGACGGAUAUCCCGAUCUCCACGGAACACUAUUGGAACAGCGUGCUGAAGCAAAAACCAAAUAUGACCAUAUUCGAGAACGGGUCUUGCUGGAGCCUCGUGGGCACUAUGACAUGUAUGGCGCAAUACUUCGACCGGAAACCGAGCUCACUACGAGUGGCGAAGCCCAUAUUGGGGUUCUAUUUAUGACAAAUGAUGGCUACUCCACAAUGUGUGGUCAUGCAACCAUUGCGCUGGGACGGUUUCUCGUCGAUACCCAUGACCUCCAUAUAUUCCCGAGAAGGAAUGAGAUAAAGUACGACCCUCACACGCGGUAUGCUGUCAUCAACCUCCAUGCCCCAUGUGGGCUCGUUGAAGUGACCGUACCGACCAAUGAAGAUGGUUCGGCAUCAGACCCUCAACGUCCUGUCUCCUUUGUGUCCGUCCCAUCUUUUGCAAAAGGCACCAACAUCGCAAUUCCUAUCCCUGCGCAUCUACGUUGGUCCGAGCUCCCAAGUGACAGAGCGGAAGUACAUGCCGGCUUCGCUUAUGGCGGAGCAUUCUAUUGCAUUGUUACGGCGACAGAGUUAGGGUUUGCUAAUGGCCUGAAAGCAGUCGACUUAGAAGCGCUGAACCGUGCCUCGCGGGGCCUGAAAUCAGCCAUACUGGUCAAUAGGGAUCUCUCGCGCUACUACGAGCAUAAUUCCGAGCCUGAGAUGUCCUUUUUAUAUGGAGUCAUUGUCACUGACAACAUGAAUGUGCAAAAUGAAAGGGUGGCCGGCUCAGAGCUGGGAGUGUGCUACUUUGCGGCCGAGGAAAUUGACCGGUCUCCAACUGGAAGUGGAGUGGCCGCCCGCGCAGCGCUCGCAUAUCUCGAGGAGACACGCUCGGAGAAUGAGUCGUGGGCAUACCAUUCGUUGGUUUCAAAGCUCGGAAUCGGUCCACCCUUUAUCGGGACAAUUGUAGAGGGAAAUACGGACGGGGGGAAGCCGCAGCAUCAUCAAGAACCAUCACAGACUACCAAAAAGACGGAAGUAAGGGUUAAAGUUGAAGGUCAAGCCUACUACACCGGAUUCAGCACGUUCUCCGUGGAAAAGGAGGAUCCAUUGGGAGACAGCGGGUUCGCUUUCAGGAACCUGAGCGGCGCAUGAGCAAGUUUAAUGACAUACAGCUGCAGUAAACCGAGUUCAAGAGUUCAAGCUGCGUUUCGUAGCUUUCUGAAGCCCACACGUCUUGGGAAGAUUGUGGCAGCAUUGAACGAGGCUGACGAGGCUG